AUGGCCUUCAGUCCCAAAAAUGUAACCUUCCCAACCGCAAACCUCCAACACAUGUUCGACCGGCACAAGGCAGCAUGGGGCUACGCAGGCCGUAACUGGAAUAAAGCCACCGGCGCUGAAUUCGAAGCCACAAUCAAGAAUUUCAUCUUGAACACCCCAACGGUCCACGCCGGUACUUACCGCGACAACGACGCCUGGCUGGUAAUCGAACAAGCUCUCCCCAAUCAUUGUGCCAUCGUCUACCGACCAACCUACGAGAUCUGGUCCGGCUGGGAGUUAAGCGCCGCUCAAUUCCUGUACGCUAACAAUCCGCCCUAUUCUCUCGGUGGCGGUGCGCUCCUCGUCUUCGGGGAUGUGUUAGAACGGGUUCUCGCUGCCAAGGAUCAUGCAACGGUGGACAAACUUGCGGUGGAGUUUCUGGAUACGUACAAAGCGAAUGGGAAGAAGCGGUUCGAUGAGGGAUCUGAGAAGGUGCUGAUGGAGGUUUUUGCUGUUUUGGAUAAUUUUGCGCUGCCAGAGGUGGUGAAAGAGAUGAAGGGGAGUGGUGUGAGUGACGAUAUUGAGGAUGUGAAGAGGGUUGCGCAGAAGGCUUUGGCGGUGUUGGAGAAGCACUCGGAUAGCUAG